CGCCCAGCCCAGUCCAGCUGGUGGUCCUUCCAUUGCUUACCAAGACGGCGCACUCUCCUGACAAUGCCUGGCGCUAAGCUCAGACUAACCAUUGUGUGAAUGUGAUGUCCGUGGCCUCAAUGUUUUAUGACUCAACCAUCUUGAUUUGAUGUCACGCCAUGAACAGGAAUGGAACUCAUUGUUAAAAGUUCCAUUUAAGGGUGCAGCCAUAUUGCCGUUUUGUGGGCGGUGUCAAAGGAAAUCUACAAGAAUUGGUACAACUGAGUAUAUAAGACUCAGUUCUGCCUCCUUCUGGCAUCCCACAAUGCUUGGGCUACAGGAAACAAGACCCACUGGGACUUCGUCCAGUAAAUCAUAUAGCUGUGUGGCGUGCUCCGCCACAUUUCAUGGUUUAGCAUCUCUCUUGGUACAUCAAGCAUCUCAUGCCAGUGAAGUUUCUAGUCCAGUAGGGACUACAUCUCAUGUUUGCAGUCACUGUGGUGGAUUAUUUGCAAGCAGAGAACUUCUAGAAAAGCAUCACUGCAUGGUAUUGGCCCCUCCUGUAACUCAGGAUUUACACGCACGUGAAUGUGGGGAAGAGUUUCAGGAAAUUGGUGCUAUUCAGGAGUAUAAAAAGAUACACGAAAUGAAAGCCUUUACAGAGUCAGAUACUGAUUCUACUAUAAAAAUUGAAGUCAUAACAGGUGGCAGCCAUUCUGUUCCAGUUCUCCCCUCUGAGAGCUCCUCUUCCCAUGGUACUGAGGAAUCACUUCAUGAGAGCUCACAAACACUUUCUGAUGUUGAGAAAAAAGAAUGUAUAUCUGUGUCAACUGUAGCUCCUAUGCAGCAGCAUGUCUCACAAGAACAUCAUGAUGGAUUGCUAUCAACAUGUGUAUCCAGUCCUGAAAUUUCCACAGAAGCAUGUAGCGAUUCCUUUAAAAACGAACCUAAGCUUGUGGAGAAUGACAAUGUGAAUAUUUCUGAUAGUGAGGAAUCACCAGAGCAGUCAACAGUAACAAAUAAAAAAGCACUGCUUAAAAUGCUUGCUUCUGCCUACAUGAGCCGUAGACAGCCAGCCCAGAUAAAAUGGGGCCAAAACAAGAGGGCCCUGCCCCCCCGAAAAGUUUCACCUAGGGCACCUGUACAAGUGCCAGUGGCUAUUUCGGCAUCAAACCCUGAGUGCACUGUUAAUCAGUUAAGACAACAGGUUGUGCAAUACGCCCCUAAUCAAGAAGGAUUUAUACCAUCAGAAAGAACCUUCUCAAACAAAAGCAGUGUCGUCCCUAUGACCAAGGUUUUGUGUCCUGUGGUGGCACUUGAGACCCGUCAAAAGCUUUGCAGAGACAAUGUUGAAGGUAGAUAUCAGUGUGGGAUCUGUCGUAGGGUUUUUCAAAACAAGGACGGUUUAAUAAUGCAUCAUGUCUUGCAUAGGAAGGAAAGAGUAAAAUUCUGUCGCCGUUGCCAGCAAUUUGUCAUCAGUGUAAUUGGUGUUCCAGAUAGCCAUGUCUGUUCUGGCUAUGCUGGAGCAGCCAACUCUUUUCCCACAAUAAUGUAUCCACGAAAAUUAUUCCGCUGCCAUUUAUGUAAUCGGAGCUAUACAAGGCGCCACAGGCUUAAAACACACAAAUGUCAGUGGAUAGCUGCUUUGGCCCAAAAAGAUGCCACAGUCUGCAAUACUGGAGGGGAGUCAAAUGCAACAGAACAACUUUUGUCAGUGAAGAAUUCUACAGGCCAUAUAAAUAUUGCUGUGAACACUGACUGCACUAACUCGAUAAAGAUGGAAGAGACUGUAGAAUCUCAAGAUGAAGACACAUUUCAGAUGAAUCCUAACUCUAAGUCUGAAAUGUCACCCAAAAGUUUCCUGCCUUUUCUUCCCAAUACAUCUAAAUUUGCAUUAGUGCAGUCAAAGGAAAAUGUUAACGAAAUGUUGAAAAGAGAAAAUUCCACUAACUCUUCAACCUCUGAAGCUGAAGGAAGGGCUGGCAGUAGCACAGAAGGAAGUGAAUCAUCAGAAAGAGGCCAGUGGACUGUACCGCUGGAUGAUGCUGAAAUUGAUGUGCUGACUGAUGAUGAAAAUUGCAAUAAUUUAGAGAUGUCACCCAAGGAAAACACUGACGAUGAGGUCAUUAUUUUAGAACCAUCUGUUAAUUGUGGAACAGCAAAUUUAACACAUUCAAGUAAAGAUUUUCAGGUGAAUGUUUCUGAUGGUGGAAUAAGGCGUUUUUCCUGUAACCGAUGUCAGAAAAGCUAUUCUAGGCGUUUUACGCUAAAUCAGCACCUUAUGAUUUGUAGAUCAAGAAAAUUAAUGGAGCCAAAUUCCUAUGGAAAUGUGUCAGCUAAUAUCAUUGGCGUGAAGAAAAAGUUUCCAUGUCCCCAUUGCGGUUCUUCAUUUACUCGCAAAGAUAAUAUGAAUAUGCACCGAAAGAGGUGCCAAUCCAUGAGAGAUGCAAACACUUUGGAUGGAAAUGGGAUGUUGGACAAGCAAAACCAAGCAGCCCAGGAAAACAUAUUUGUGUUGCCACCAGUUUCAAAGAGCCAAGUGAGACAAGAGGGCGGUAGUAAUGUUGGGGGUGGAAGCUGGGGCAUUAUGUCGUUACCAUCUGUACUCCCCAGAAAAGUGACUUGUGAGUGUGGUGCUAGUUUUACUUGUCCUAGGCUUUUGUUUGAACAUCUACAAAUGCAUGCACUAGAGUCUUACAUUUGUUCCCAUUGUGGUGAGAAUUUGCAAUCUUGGGCUGAUUUUGAAGCACAUCAGCAAUUACAUCUGCAAACUUCAAGGCCGAAAAUCGAGGACAAAGGGUCACAGCAGCAAUCACAUGUGCAGUCUCUGCUUCAGCAAGAGCCAAAUCUUCAGACAUCAGUGCAGAAUUCAAAAAAGGAGUCUCAAGAGCUGUUUAAACCACGUUUAAAUAUCAGGCCCUUCACAGGGCCAUAUGUUUGCCACAGAUGUAAGAAGAUCUUUAGACUACGCAAGUCUUUGCUAAGGCACCUAACACGGAGUUGCAAGGGAGAUUCUCCAGCUGAAAACGCGCACUCUUGUUCCCGCUGUGGCAUGACUUUCCAAAACUCUUUAGCCCAAGAUAUCCACAUGCGUAGCAACACUUGUACCCCUGCUUUCAAACCACUUCGUUGCCCAGUGUGUGUACGUUGGUUUAGCAGCCUUGAAGGACUCAAGAGACACUUGUUGUCACAUAGCCAAGAAGAAAGCUUGACUUGUCAGAUUUGUGGUUGCAAAUGCUCAAGCCAUGCUGCACUUGAGGAACAUAAACGGAGUGUCCAUGGCACAAACAAGGAUUCUGAGUCACCGACUGUUCAGUCAGCACAUGUUUCACAAAGCAGCUCAUCAGAUGCCUUUCGCUGCCAGAUAUGUCAACGCAGUUACCCAAAACUCCAGUCCCUGAAAGACCAUCUAAGAAAGGUCCACAGACCAAAACAUCUAAACCCAGUCAGCAUUGGCAGUUUUGAGUCCAAGGAAUUGUCAAAAGGAAUUGUACAGCAAAUUCAGACCAAGCAAUUUCAGUGUCACAUUUGUGCUCGCACAUACCAAGAUAUUCAGUCCUUGAAAAAUCACAGGAGGAGGGUCCACCGUAUUCUAGGAGGUGGACUACAGCCUUCAAGAGGAAGUCUCCAGCAAAGUCAUUCCAAUCCAUUUCAGUGUCAGAUCUGUUCACGUACCUACCCUGACAUAAGGUCAUUGAGAAACCACAGGAGGCGGGUUCAUCGCAUCCUGGGUGGUCUUGGUCUUGAAGUAUACAAAGGGAUUACUCAUCAGAGCAAUCUUUUUAAGUGCCAGAUUUGCCAGCGCAGUUAUCCAGACCUAGGAGCACUAAAUAACCACAAAAGGAGGGAACACUGUAUUUUAAGGGAUGUACUUGAGACAACAAAAACAGAUGCGCCACACAUGGAACAAUCGCAGUCAGACGUUUUUCAGGUCGCAGAAUCCAGUGGGAAUUUUGAGCCUACUGCAUAAAUAUUGUUCAUAAUCAAGGACAUUUAAGUUAGAAAUAACACGUACUGUUGGACUUUUUUUGUGCACUCAACUUUGUACAAUUUUAUUAGAAUUAAGAAAUAGUAACGGUAAUGGCUUCAAAAUAAUUCAUCUGUAAAUAUAUUGGAUACUAUGGCAAAUAUUACUUAGCUGUUUUAAAAUAUUACUCAUUUUGUCUCGUUUCAUUAGUUGGUGGUGGGUGGUGCCACCAGUAGAAAUAAGACACCAGUAGAUUUUUUUUUUCUUCCAAUAUUGUCUCUUCAAUACCAAUAGAGACACUUUGGGGGGGGGGGGACUCCCAGAAAUAUUUCCCAGUGGUGUGGGCACUUCCCAAUUAUUAAAUGUAAUUGGCUGCAGUCUGUCAAUUACUUUCCUGGAUAAGAGGGAGGGUUUCAUUACCAGUUUUUAGCUUGCAUUUUAGGUUAUUUUAAUAGAGAUUAAAGAUUAAUAUUAACAGCCGUGGUUUGUACUAACGUGCUAUAGGGUUAGCUAUGGGGGAAACUACUGUAACAGUGCUAUACACCUGGAUGAGCCCCCAAAAAGUGUCACUGCAUGAUGUCUCCCGUGUGUGUGUGUGUGAGAGACAUUAAAAAAGUAAUGUUCUUAAGUUUCAUGAAGAAUCUCAGCCUUUUGAUGAAUUUUGUAUGCUUACCAGGCCACAAGUUUUAAAAUUUUGACUUUCCACACUUAGGUGAACAAACAUUGGGCCUCAUUUAUUAAGUUGGAUAGGAGCAAAUUUAUUUGUAAAUCAUUUAUACAAUUGUUUACACAACAAAGUUGGCAAUCAUGAAAAAUUCCAUAAAUUUUCUGGGGGGAAAUCAUAUCCUAUUCAUACUCCUGAGUGUGUGUAAAUUGAUGCACAAUACAACUAAGUAAUCUCAGUCUUUACUUGAUCUACUUAAACAUCAUAAUUUGCAUGGAUUGUUACAUGUGUAUAUCAGGAAUAUACUGAUGGGGUUUGAAGUGGGUCUUUUUUUGUUUUUUUAAUUACGUUUGCAGCAUUUAGCAGAUAACUUUAUCCAGAGUGACUCACGUAAGUGCUUUCCCCCCCACCCCAAAAUAAAUAAAUGAAAAUCCUUGUGCUACUUCAAGUCAGAGACUAAAAGGUUUGCUUAUUAGUAGUAGUUGUAGUAAUAUUAUAUAUUAAUGCAUUUUAAUUGGCAUAGAAGUGAGUCAGAAUAGCUUCCACUUCUGCCUUUUAGCCUUACAGUUCAUUUUAGGUUCCUAGCUGUUUGUGCACUUGAACGUUUAUGGAGUUUUGUGGGCUAAAUGAAUCUCAAAAUACGUUUUGCAGUUUUAUGGAUGAUCAGUGUACAUGAGUAUGAAGAAAAUCUGCAUUUCCAAAACUUGCAUAAAUCUGGCAGAAACUUUGAGUUUGGCUUAGGUAAACAUUUACACAACUUUUAUUAAACAUUGAUAAAUGAGGCCCAUUGAGCUUUUUGGAGUAAGAUGUGAUAUGUCAAGUAAGAAAAGUCAGCAAAGAUCACAUUUUUAGAAAGAGGUGUGGAUAGUGAGGUACACCUGUUGUUACCUAAAACAUCUUUAUAACAUUUUGGCCAUCAGCCAUCUCAUUGUAAAUAAUCAUUAUUUUUCUUUUUUUUUAAUUUUCACACUUAGAUACAGCAUUUUAAAACAUUUGGUAAGUGCAUGAACAGCUGAAUAAAACAUUGUAAAUAAAGGUGUUAUUUGUAAUCUCAGUGCAUUGUGAAUGUAUUAAAGUUUGUUUAAUGGAAA